AUGCCCUUCCCCGGCAACAAUGGUUCCGGAGAGAUCCCGGGCGGCGUGCAGGCCCCUAUCCAGCAGGACGCGAAUAAGAACACCCUCUGGAUGGGCGAGCUCGAGCCCUGGAUGGACGAGAACUUCAUCAAGGGAGUUUUCCUCACCGCCACUGGGGAGCCUGUCAACGUUAAGGUCAUCCGUGACAAGACGUCUGGCAACGCCGGAUACUGCUUCGUCGAGUUCACCUCCUCCGAGGCUGCUAGCAAGGCUCUGACCUUGAACGGCUCUCCCGUUCCUAACUCCAACCGUGCCUUCAAGCUCAACUGGGCUUCUGGCGGCGGCAUCAACGACCGACGUGACGACCGUGGUCCCGAGUACUCGAUCUUCGUCGGCGACCUCGGCCCGAGGUCAACGAAUACGUUCUCGUGUCUCUCUUCCAGGCGCGAUUCCCCUCUUGCAAGUCUGCUAAGAUCAUGA